AUGGCCCAAGGAACAAUCAAGUAUUCUUUCAAAAAGAUCUCAAUAGCAAUGCGAAUGAGGAUAGAUGGGACUAGAUUGGCGAUUAUGACAAAAGUUCAAGAAAUCAAUGAUAUUUUACGUCAGCACCUGAAUCAGAUAGCAGAAUGGAUAAAAAAUUUUAGAACCACGCAAUUCUGCAAACAUUCCAACGACAGCAAACAUGUCUUGGACCAAGUAUCGAAAAAUCGUAAAGCCCCUUAUGGAGCAUCAGUCAUAGUUCCCAACGAAAUAGAUAGAGUUUCCCUGAUCGAACUUCGAGAGGAGAACGAUCUGUACCUUUUUCCGCGAAAUCCAAAUGGAAUGAUAACUCAGAAUCCAGAAAGAUGGGGUUUGGGAAACUGCGCGGAAACGAAUCCGUGGACUCAACUAGCCCAGCUGAGGUCCAAUAUUCCGAUCAGAACGCGCACAAUCAAUAUACAAACGAAAAAAAAGGAUAUCGCUUUGUUCAAAUUGCAAGAUUUACCAGAUUACCUUCAAGAAUAA